CACUCUCAAACUACAGAUAUGGGGCUUUAUUGCAAGAGUUCGUCAGCAUCUUUCUCAACCUUGUGCCUCCUUUACAUUAUUCAUUUCUUGUGCUUCAACUCGCCAGCAGCCUCUGCCAUCCGCAAGAACAAUGAGACGGAUCGACUUGCAUUGUUGGAAUUCAAGGCCAAAAUAAGUAAUGACCCUUUUGGGGUCAUGAGCUCAUGGAAUAGCACUCUUCACUUCUGCCGCUGGUAUGGGGUCACCUGUGGGCGAAAACACCAAAGAGUCGCAAGUUUAGACCUAGAAUCCUUCAAACUUUCAGGUUCCAUAUCACCACAUGUUGGUAAUUUGAGCUUCUUAAGGAAGCUGUUCCUUGCAAACAAUAGCUUCAGCCACGAGAUCCCUCCUCAGAUUGGCCGUUUUCGAAGACUGAAAACGUUGUCUCUUGCUGAAAAUUCAAUUGAAGGUCAAAAUCCUCCCAGCAUAUCUAACUGUUCGAACCUUAUUAUCUUUGAUUUGGCUGAGAACAAUCUUGUAGGAGAAAUCCCUGCGGAGCUUGGUUCCUUGCUGAUGCUAAAAUUCUUCAGUUUAUAUGGCAAUAAUUUAAUAGGGACUCUCCCACCAUCUUUCGGGAAUCUGUCGUCCCUUCAGAUGCUUUAUGUGCCUACAAAUCAUUUGAAAGGAAAUCUCCCAGAAACUUUAGGCCAAUUGGUGAGUCUAUGGCUUUUAUCAAUUCUUGAAAAUGGAUUUUCAGGUACCAUCCCUUCCUCCAUCUUCAAUCUUUCUUCAAUCAAGGUUUUAGACCUGUCAUCUAACCAAUUCCAGGGGAACCUUCCCUUGAGCAUUGGAAACUCUCUUCCAAAUCUCCAAUUUUUUUCUAUCGCUGAUAACCAAUUCACUGGCACUAUUCCAACUUCAAUUUCUAACGCCUCAAAUCUCGUAGUUCUUGAUCUACCCAUAAAUAAUCUCACCGGAAGAGUGCCUUCUCUUGACAAGUUAAAUUGGCUUUCAGAAUUAGGGAUUGGUGGCAACAAUUUAGGAAGUGGGAAAGCUGAUGACUUGAGAUUUCUUUCCACUUUUACUAACGAAACAGCUUUAGGACACCUACAAAUAGCAGAAAACAACUUUGGAGGGGAACUUCCUGAACACAUUGCCAACUUUUCAAAGCAGCUCCACUUUUUUGACAUAGGAAACAAUCAGAUAUCUGGAAACAUCCCAGAUGGAAUACAGGUUCUUGUUAACUUGGAAGUUUUCAAUGCAGUAGCAAACAAACUCUCAGGUACAAUUCCAUCUGGCAUUGGACAGCUUCAAAAUCUAAAAAAACUUAACCUUGGAGGUAAUAAUUUAUCUGGAAAUAUUCCAUCAUCUCUGGGAAACCUGACAAAUUUACUUGAAAUUGAUUUAGAUAACAACAAUCUUCAAGGUACCAUCCCUUCCAGUCUUGGCAGGUGCAAAAAAUUGCUCACACUUGAUUUUUCUAGAAACAAUCUUAGUGGUCCCAUACCCCCACAAGUUAUUGGACUUUCCUCUUUGUCAAUAGUUUUUAAUUUGUCCAUAAAUAAUUUGUCUGGUUCCCUUCCAAAAGAAGUAGAAAAUUUGAAAAAUCUAGGAAUCCUUGCCCUUAAUGAGAACAUGUUGUCAGGGGAGAUUCCCAGUGGUCUUGGCAGUUGUACAAGUCUAGAAUUGUUAUUCCUGAGUGCCAACUUGUUCCAAGGGUCCAUUCCUUCCUCUUUUGGUUCAUUAAGAGGCAUUAGAGAGUUAAAUCUUUCUCAUAAUAAUUUGUCAGGCAAGAUUCCAGAGUUUCUAAAGAGCUUCAAAUCAAUACAGCUUUUGGAUUUGUCUUAUAAUGAUUUUGAGGGCAUGGUACCGGUAGAAGGAAUUUUCAAGAAUUCUAGUGCUACCUUUAUGGUAGGAAAUAAAAAUCUAUGUGGCGGCAGGCCUGAUUUUGGACUGCCUGUGUGCAAGUUUGAACAAUCAAUGAGAAGACCAACUGCAAAAUUAAAGAUCAUAAUUUCUAUGGUUUUUGUGGUUAUAGGCGUUGCACUUUUGCUUGUUUCUUUGCUUCUUUGGCGCCAUUCAAGAAAGAGAAGAAGAGAAUCUACAUCACAAUUUGAUGGCAAUUCACUAUUGAAGUUGUCUUAUAAAAGUCUGCUUAAAGCCACCAAUGGAUUCUCUUCAGAUAAUUUAAUUGGUAUUGGUAGCUUUGGAUCUGUAUAUAAAGGAAUUCUUAAUCAAGAAGAAAUGGUAGUUGCAGUUAAGGUGCUUAACCUGAUGCGAAGAGGAGCUUCAAAGAGUUUUAUAACCGAAUGUGAGGCCUUACGAAAUGUCAGGCAUCGAAAUCUUGUGAAAGUACUCACAGCUUGUUCAGGAGUUGAUUAUCAUGGCAAUGAAUUUAAAGCAUUGGUUUAUGAUUUUAUGGUUAAUGGGAGCUUAGAUGUCUGGUUGCAUCCAACUCUUGGAUUAGAUGAGGUGCCAAGGACUUUAAAUGUUUUCCAAAGAUUGAAUAUUGCUAUUGAUGUUGCUUCUGCACUUGAGUAUCUUCAUUGUCAUUGUGGAACACCAAUUGUUCAUUGUGAUCUAAAACCAAGUAAUGUCCUUCUCGAUGAAGAAAUGAUCGGACAUGUAAGUGAUUUUGGGUUAGUAAAGUUCCUUUCUAUUGGGAUGCUUAACUGUUCAACGAAUCAAUCUAGCUCACUUGGAAUAAGAGGAACUAUUGGUUAUUGUCCUCCAGAAUAUGGUGUGGGAAGUGAGGUAUCAACACAAGGUGACGUAUAUGGUUUUGGCAUACUUUUGUUGGAGAUGUUCACAGGAAAGAGACCAACUGAUGACACGUUCAAAGAGAAUUUGAACCUUCACAAUUUUGUCAAAAGAGGUUUGCUAGAACAAGUGAAAGAGGUUAUAGAUCCCAACCUUUUUCAGAUGCAACUCAAUGCAGACACAACACAAAAUCAUAACCACAAUUUUAUGAUUAGGAGAAACAACAUAUUCAUUGAAUGCUUGAUUUCAACAUUAGAAAUUGGAAUCUCUUGUUCUAUGGAAUCACCACAAGAGCGCAUGAAUAUGAGUGAUGUUGUUGCUCAGCUCUCUUCCAUUCGAAACAAACUUGUUGGAACUAGAUUACCCAGGGAGAGAGAAACUGUAAGUGCACUUCAAGUGGCAGGGGAAAUCCCUGUGGAGCUUGGUUCCUUACUAAAGCUCCAAGAGAUCUAUUUAGAGACUCUAGUUAUAAGCUACAACAACCUUGGAGGGGAACUUCCUGAACAUAUCGCCAAAUUUUCAAAGGAGCUCCACAGGUUUGCCAUACAACACAAUCAGAUAUCUGGAAACAUACCAGUUGGAAUACAGGUUCUUGUUAACUUGGAAGCUUUCUAUGCAGACAGGAACAAACUCUCAGGUACCGUUCCAUCUGGCAUUGGACAGCCUCAAAAUCUAAAAUUGCUUCGCCUUGGAGGCAAGAUUCCAGAGUUAUUAAAGAGCUUCAACUCAAUACAGCUUUUGGAUUUAUCUUAUAAUGAUUUGGAGGGCAUGGUACCAGUAGAAGGAGAUUUCAAGAAUUCUAGUGCUACCCCUGUGGCAGGAAAUAAAAGUCUAUGUAGUGGCAAGCGUGAUUUUGGGCUGCCUAUGUGCAAGUUUGAACAAUCAAGGAGAAGACCAGCUGCAAAAUUCCCUACCGAUUAUAUAUAUGUUUGUAAUGCUGCUACUUGCUACUUGCUUCUUGCUUGUUGCUACAUGUGCUUUCCACGUAUCAAUAUUGUAAAGGUUUAUAGGCAUUCACUUCAUACCACGGAUCAUUCAUUCCACUAUCAUGAGGAACGGCUCCAAGAGCAUUUCUACGGGCCCAUCGUCCAUCAUGUAGAAGUUCUUCCAAUGCUGAAAUUCACCUUUAUAACUUCCUCCAAUACUUCCAGAGCUGUGAAGUAUCGAAAUAUUGAUUUUUUGAGGAAUGAAAAUGCAAUGAAUCAAUGA